AUGUUGACCACCGAGUUUGUCCAGCUAGCGCUGUUAUUUGGUUCCGGAUCUAUAUUUUUUCUAUUCGUUGUGCUAGGGAUAGUGCUCAAGGUGACGACGACACCGUUCCCAACAAUUGUGCGACAUAGGGAUGAAGAGUACUACAUGGAUCCGGCUACAGGAGAUGAUCGACUGUUCGCAUCGUUGGAUGACAAACCUACGCUCAAGUUGAGUGUGAUAGUUCCAGCAUUUGAUGAGGAAAACAGACUGCCCCUUAUGUUGGAUGAAUGCAUAGAUUAUCUGGAAAAACGUGCCGAAAAGGAGAAAGACUUCACCUACGAGGUGAUCAUCGUAAGUGAUGGUAGUCGCGAUCGAACGGUGGAAGUUGCGUUGGAGUACGUCGAAUUGCACGGUGUACAGAAGGUGCGCGUCCUGGAUCUGGUAGAAAACCGUGGCAAGGGCGGUGCGGUUCGUCUCGGUAUGCUUAGCAGCCGCGGUCAAUUUCUACUGUUUGCCGAUGCGGAUGGAGCGACCAAGUUUGCCGACUAUGCGAAACUUGAACGCAGCAUGGUACAAAUGACCGACUCCGAUUGGAAGCGUGAUGCGCUGGCAAUUGGUUCUCGUGCCCAUCUGGAGAAGGAAGCCACAGCGCAACGAACAAUCUUCCGUACGAUCCUAAUGCACGGGUUUCACUUUCUGGUGUGGACGUUCGCGGUGAAGAAGAUACGGGAUACACAGUGUGGAUUUAAGCUGGUUUCGCGCUCGGCCGCCCGGAAGCUGUUUCAGGUGAUGCACGUCGAACGAUGGGCAUUCGAUGUGGAGCUGCUGUUCAUUGCACAAUCGUACAACAUUCCGAUCGAGGAGGUUGCGGUAAACUGGACGGAGAUCGAGGGCUCGAAACUGACGCCGUUCUGGUCCUGGUUGCAGAUGGGUCGAGAUUUGAUGCUGAUCUGGUUCCGGUACGCGAUCGGUGCGUGGCAGUUGCGAAAAGAGCAUGUGAAUUGA